AUGUUGUCUGCAAUAGUUUAUAAACAAAAAUCGAGCAAUCAGGUGAAACCGCUAAAGAAAUCGCCGCCUAAUUCGUCCAGCGAGCAGAUUACCGUUAAUGUAUUGGAAACGCGACUAUAUCGUUCAGUUCAUGUUCUUUUAAUACUCUCCGAGCUGUUUGUAUGCCUGCCUUAUGGCGCUCAUCGACGCCUACCAACAACGACCAGCAGCUGCAGUGAUAAAAUUUUAAUGUUACUCCACAUCACCUGGAGCAUUGGUAUUUACGUCAGUCUCGUCUUCACCAUCUACGGCGAGUACACGCAAUCGGACAAGGACUUGCCCACCGUACAAAAACCGUUGUUCUUUUGCGAGUAUUUAGUCUAUCUGGUGCACUUAUUUCAAAUAUUACUCUCUACCUACUGGGCGCGCCAAAAAUGUCGACGUUUCUUGCACACAAUCGCAGAAUUCGAUUAUAAACUUAUAUCAUUCGGAAGACCACCAGAAUAUCAACAACUGAAUCGCUUUAUAAGAGCUCAUCUGUAUCUGAUACUGUUAUAUGUGGUCGCUACCGCUGUCGUUGACUACUUCUACACCGCUGGCAUUAUGACGCACUUCAUUCGCAGCCUAGCCGUUUAUCUGUUGCCAAAUCUGGUGUUAUGCUUCUCGCUGGUACAGUACUACACCCUGCUAUAUGCCAUAGCUCAACGUAUAAUUUGGCUGAAUGAAAUCCUGCACGCGGAGCUUUCGCUAAAAACGUCUGCCAGAGUUUUGCGCGAAAAACUACAAGACAUUCGAUUAAGCUACUCGACACUUCAGAUAUUCACAAAGGAAGUAAAUAAUUCUUUUGCCCUCUCACUGGUGCUGGUGUACAUUGGAUCCUUCACAAACUUGUCGGUUAAUCUUUUCCUGUUGUACAAAUACUUGGACGAUGCGUCUAACUCCACAUUUUCAUGGAUUAUGUACUCGUUGGUUUGGACAAGCAUGCAUAUUGGCAAAAUGUUCUGCAUACUUUAUUUUAAUUAUGGUGUACAGAGUCAGGUAGUGUAA